AUGGCCGCUUCAAUGAACCUCCAGCUCAACCCUGCAAAAUGCAUGACAGUCCAUAUUUCUGGAAAACAACCAGUCGGAGUUCGGGAAACCCAAUUCCAUAUCGGGCCGCACCUGAUCCCCUACCUCAAAGAGUUUGACUCCUUCGACUACCUCGGAAAACCAAUUGGAUUCAAUCUCCUGGCAAACGACACCACAAUCCAGAAGGCCAUCGAGAUGGGCGCGAAGCUGCUAUCAUCAAUGUUGGCACCAUGGCAGCGGAUCGAUGCCAUCAAGACGUUCGUUUUUCCCUCGCUGAAUUUUGCCAUGCGGAUAAAUUCAUGCUCAAAGGGUGAUUGGCAGAAACUAGAUGAUGCGCUCAGGCCCCUCAUCAAAAGGACACUCUACCUACCACAGAAUGCAUCGAACGACUACUUGUACGCAAGUACAAACAAAGGCUGCUGCGGCAUACCCCUUGCAGCAGAAACAAGCGAUGUGGCGAAAGUAGACGGCACAUUCAGACUACUAACGUCACGUGAUGGAAUAGUGUCCGACAUGGCUCGUGAAGCUGUCACACGAACGGUAUCCAAGCGUCUUCGGAGCACCCCCAUGACUGCCGAUAUCGAAGCCUACCUGUCUGGAAACUAUAAUGGCGCCUUCCAGGUCACGACAAAUGAACUGCGCAACAUCUGGACCGUGGCUCGAAAGGCUUCACGACGACUUGGAGUCUCAUGGGACCUACACCAAGACGACCCGAUCAUCACGCUUGGCACACAGUCCAUGACGUCAAGAUGGCGCACCAGGAUUAUGCGCACUGUGCGAAAACAGAAGGACGACGAAAGUGCCCAACGGCUCAUUGAUCUCCCCAACCAGGGAAAGGUGUCAGAGUGUGUUGCACUGGACCGUUCCAGCACCCACUUCAUCCGGUCCGGGCAGUACACACGAUUUUGCGACUGGCGCUUUAUCCACCGAGCACGCCUAAACUUGCUCCCCGUCAAUGGGGCACGUGUUUGGGCUGGCGGCGAUAAGAGGUGUCGACGAUGUGGCCACAGCAACGAGACCCUCCCGCAUGUCCUAUGCCACUGUAUGAGGCAGAGUCAGGCGCUCACGGACCGACACAACAAAGUGGUGCAGCGGAUAAAGACAGCGGCACAAACCAGAUUCACUGUCAUCUCAGAAAACAAGCCCGUCGGUGAGUCUGGACUACGCCCUGACCUUGUCCUGGCAAAAGGAGAAGAGGCCAUCAUUAUCGACAUCACAUGCCCAUUCGACAACCGGAAAGUAGCCUUUGAAGAUGCCAGGAGAGCCAAGGAAGAAAAGUACAAGCCAGUGCAAGAACACCUCAAGCGAAGAUAUCAGAAAGUAUCGAUAGAAGUAGUCGUGGUUGGUGCACUUAGAAGCUGGGAUCCCGCCAAUGACAGGCUGCUGAAAAGAUUCUGUGCAAAACGGUAUCUGCGGACACUCAAAAGACUCUGUAUCAGCAGUGUCCUGGCAUCAUCACGGGAUAUAUACGCGACCCACAUCAGCGGUAGAUCGAACAGUGUCUAG